CCCAGUCAGACACAGAUGUAGCUGCAGCUCUGCGAGAGGAGAACAGAAACAGGGAGGGAGACAGUCUGAAGACACUGCAGAGGGAGUGCAGCUAUGGGGAACGCACAAGAAAAACCCCCUGGCAGUGGAGGAGGAGGGGGAAGCAGAUCACAGCAGACCACAGCAGGGAGUGGAACCAGGAGCCGGGGGGAAGGUAGUGUGAGAAAGACCCAGACUCAGAGAGCUCCAGAGAAAGGAUUGGCUAAUGGCACUCAAAGAGAAAACAGCACUGUUGGUGGACAAGAGGAGCAGGGCAGCCCUGCAGUGGACACAAGUUACCUGGACGCCCCUGCUGGGGCCCUUCCUCCUCACCUGGCCCGACUCAAGAAUGAAGGGAACCACCUUUUUAAACAUGGACAAUUUGGAGAUGCCUUAGAGAAGUACACACAGGCUAUUGAUGGAUGUGCCGAAGCAGCCGUCGAUAGUCCAGAAGACCUGUGUAUUCUCUACUCAAACAGAGCAGCCUGUUACCUCAAGGAUGGAAACAGCUCAGACUGCAUACAGGACUGCACCAAGGCUUUGGAGCUGCAGCCUUUUGCCUUGAAGCCCCUGCUGCGUAGAGCGAUGGCUUAUGAGUCACUGGAGCGCUACAGGAAGGCCUAUGUGGAUUAUAAGACCGUCCUGCAGAUAGACACCGGAGUACAGGCAGCUCACGACAGCGUCCACAGGAUCACCAAGAUGCUAAUUGAGCAGGAUGGUCCUGAAUGGAGAGAGAAGCUUCCAGAGAUUCCUGUCGUCCCUCUGUCCAUCCAGCAGCAACACAGAGACAAACCUGUCAGUGCUGAAGUGGCUCAGGCUCGAGCUGCCAGGGCUGCACAGGAGGAGGUCAGAAGAAAAGAGGCUCGUUUUACUUUACUGAAGCGGGAGGGAAAUGACUUGGUAAAGACGGGGCAGUACCAGGAGGCUCUGCAGAAGUACAGCGAAUGUCUCACACUAAAACCCGACGAGUGUGCCCUCUACACCAACAGAGCCAUCUGCCUGCUCAAACUGAAUCGUUUUGAAGAGGCCAAACAGGACUGUGACUCUGCUCUGCGGCUGGAGCCGGGCAACAAGAAAGCCUUCUACAGACGAGCCCUGGCUCAUAAAGGUUUACAGGACUACCUAUCAGCCAGCAGUGACCUGCAAGAAGUCCUCCAGCUAGACCCAAAGGUUCGGGAGGCGGAGCAGGAGCUGGAGGUGGUGACGGGCCUGCUGAGACAGAGUCUGAUGAACAACACUGGACACACACCGAGGGUUUGAUUUCUGUAAAAGAAUAUGGAGGCAGAGAGAAGAAGCAGGUGUGGACAAACACACUGUACUGUAGCAGUAAAGGAGGAAAAGGACUCUUACAGCCAUCAUCUGCAGUAAGUACAACCUCAAAAAGAAAAUGACUGGCAUUAACGUCCUGGGACAGCUCCUCAGACAACCAGCUCUGCACCAUCCGCAGUGUGUGCACACCACAGCGUAACUCCUGAAAACACACAACCUUACAUAAUGGGCAGCUUUAUUUGAAAGGCUAAC